UUUGAGCCACUGCCACACACCAGUAUGGAUGAGGAGUAUGACGCUAUAAUCCUGGGUACAGGGCUUAAGGAAUGUGUACUGAGCGGGUUGCUCUCAGUAUCCGGCAAGAGAGUUCUACACAUGGAUAGGAACGGUUACUAUGGUGCUGCCUGUGCCAGCAUGUACCUCGAACAGUUGUUUGAGCACUUUGGAAAGAAGGAUUGCGACGUUUCUAGCUACGGCAAAUCUAGAAAUUGGAACGUGGAUCUUAUCCCCAAAUUCCUCAUGGCCGAUGGUGUGUUGGUUAAGCUUCUAAUCUACACUGGAGUGACUAGAUAUCUGGAAUUUAAACAAGUUGAUGGCAGCUACGUAUAUAAAGCCGGUAAAGUACACAAAGUACCCGGGACUGAGACUGAGGCACUCAGCUCAAGUCUUAUGGGAUUCUUCGAGAAGAAACGGUUCCGAAAUCUCCUACAAUUCGCUUUUAAAUACGAAGAAAGCGAAAAAUCUACCCAUGAAGGUUUGGAUCUCACUAAAGUACCAAUGAGUCAGCUUUAUGAGAAGUACAAUCUAGAUACAAAUGUGAGGGACUUUGUGGGCCACUCAAUCGCUCUUCAUAGGAAUGACAACUACAUCAACGAACCGGCCCUAGCUACAAUCAACCGGAUGAAACUGUACUUCAACUCCAUUGCUAAGUAUCAGAAGUCUCCUUAUCUUUAUCCCCUCUAUGGUCUCGGAGAACUUCCACAAGGAUUUGCCAGAUUGUCCGCUAUUUACGGUGGUACCUACAUGCUGAACAAGCCAUUUGAGGGAGUCACAUAUGGAGAGGACGGCAAGGUAACCGGAGUAACUUCUGAAGGAGAGACUGCCAAGUGUAAAAUAGUAGUGGCAGAUCCGUCUUACUUUCCGGAAAAGUGCACUAAAGCGGGCCAAGUUGUCAGGGCUAUCUGUUUACUGAAGAACCCUGUCCCGAACACAAACAACAACCAGUCCUCCCAGAUCAUUAUUCCUCAAAACCAGGUUGGUCGCAAGAGUGACAUCUACGUGCUGUGUGUCUCCUUCACACACAAUGUGACCGCUAAGGACUGGUAUGUAGCGCUGGUCAGCACCACUGUGGAGACUGCCAACCCUGAAGCUGAGUUGGAACCUGGCAUGAGACUCCUCGGACCUGUCUCUGAGAAGUUUGUCAGUGUGUCGGAUCUAUAUGUUCCUACUGAAAACGGGAAGAAAGAUAAUAUCUUCAUUUCUGAAUCAUUCGAUGCGACAACCCACUUUGAAACGACGUGUGAGGACAUCAUUAAAAUCUACGAGAACAUCACGGGAGAGCCGUUCGACUUCACCACGCUGGACAAGAAACUGGAGGAGUUCAAAAACCUGACGGAGGGAUAGAAAAACUGGUUGUGUAAUGUUACCUAGGUUACACUUGUUUUUAAGACGCGCAAUCACCACGUUAGUGUUCUGUACUACGAUUGUGUGUCUUAGCAGUGGGCGGUAACCAUGGUUACAGUUUUGUGUGGUUUCUCUUUUUGUAGGACAAUACUCGCCUUAUUACUGUCAAGCGCAUGUUUACUCUAUAGAUUUAUGUUUGUUGUAAUUGUAAAAUGUAAUUAAAUCAAUCAUCGGUUUUCUUGGACGAGAGCUAUAAAAUAUGUUUCUUGAAUCUUUUUGGAUUUGCAAUAAAUUUCAACAUUGUAUGGAGACUAUUUGUCUCAACUAGCUCUUGAAAUGUUUUGAAGAUAUUCCGUGUCAUUAAUUUAGGAUCAAAUGAUGAUUAUUAGAUGUUUUAUAGUGUGGGUUUACAGUUCUAGCUGGUUCUAGAAAAUGGAUUCGUGUGCAACAACAUGUGAUUUUCAUGCCGCUGCCUUAAACGAUUUCCUAGCCAAUUUCCAUUAUUUUAUAACUAAUGUAAAAACUACGGCAGGCUAGAAGUAUAUGUCGUCAUCUGUUAGAUUUAAUAUUAUAUCUGCUGUAACAUAUUUCACUAACUUUCUCGCAAUUUACCUUAUGUUUGAUAAUACUUGGAAAAGUCACCUUGUAAAACUUGUUAACGUGAAAAUGAUGUGAGUUCUUUUCACUUGUUUUAAAUAUUCGAUGAUCGUUAAA